UAGUUGCAAGGAAUAUCUCGGAUGUUGUUGAUGCCUGCGGGGUUGACAGCCAUGACACUGAUGACAGCCAGGGUAGUCGAUUUAGGCUUGCCCCUGAGGCAUCAAGGCAGCAUUUUGCACAAAGCGCUAAGCAACUGGAACGACGUCGGACUCGCAAGCAACCUGACCUUUAAAAAAUUCACGAGGGCUCGACAAGGCUCUGCAGCUCGACCCCAGAAUCUCUUGUUCUACACCACAGCGCCACAACUGAUGGCCGGCACGCAUUUUUCAUGAUCCAUGACGUGUCGCUAUCUUUACCGAUGUCUCCAGCCGACUAGUCGAGUGUUUCUGUCGUCUACGUUCCCCAAAUGGCAGUCCGCUCUUACCAUUCCGUCACUUGAGCCAUCACGCUCUUACGCCUUCAACACGAGCCGCAAAAAUCGCAAUAAGACUACUGGCAAUGCCACCGAUCCGAAGCUCGCUCAGUACUGGGCUACUAUCCACGAUGCUGAAGCCUACCUUAAAUUACCCUUGUCAAAAGUCGAUGGUCGAUGGCGCGCGAAACGCCUGAGAGGGCGGGCGAGGGCUUUGUUGCAGCAGAAGAUCGACAAGAAGAUAGAAAAAUCUGGUGAUGACCCAAAGGAGCGCUCCAGGCUCGUCAAGAAGAUGAGCGCAUUCGAAUUAGAACUUUACCACGAGGACGAAGGGACCGUUGCCUCUGCAAGCACCAUACCAGAUCUUAUAGGAAAAGCUUUAGACGAGUCUUUAAAGAUGGAAGCAAAGGCCCACGUGAGGCCGUCUCCCGGCAGUUCAGAACCGAACAAGACCAAGGAUGUUGGAAAUACCAGGCACGAGAGACCUGCGCGUCCAAACAAGAACAAGGAGCCCUGGCAGGUGCAGAAAGAGGCGCUCAAAGACAAGUUUGGCGAUGAGCCUUGGACACCCAGGAAGAAGCUUUCACCAGGCACCAUGGACGGUAUGCGUAUGUUGCAUCAAUCGGACAAGGCGAAAUAUACAACUGCGGUUUUGGCCGACUCUUUCAAGAUCUCGCCCGACGCGGUCAGACGCAUUCUAAAGAGCAAAUGGGAACCUUCUGAGGAGGAGGCCGAUGAAAGACGAGAACGGUGGGAGCGCCGAGGCCAGAAGAUAUGGGAGAAUAAGGUUGAGAUGGGCAUGAAGCCACCUAAGAAGUGGCGCGAAAGGGGUGUUGGCCGUGCAGAGCCUGGCUUCUAUCCCAAGUGGAAGAAAGGAGGGCAGGCGAAGCCGUUCGCUAGUGACGACCCGUUACCGUUCGGUGAAUCAUAUACUGAGGUCAGAGCACGCAAGGAGCCCAGGGAUAUCAGGACCGUCUCGAGUCAGAUCCUGUAAAGUUCGAGAUGUAUUGUAAUUACUGUACCAUAAGGAAUAAAUGAAUGUAUAAAUAUCCAAUAGACGCAACUAAGUGCGUGUAGUGGAGGUAGGGUAUGUAAAUUAGAGAAAGUGCAAGGCAUGUGUCACG